AUGAGCUCCGACGAUAUAGCCCGUCAGGCUCCGUCGGCUACAGAUAUCCCGUCGACUUCUUCUUCCAGGCCGUCGACUUCACAGAGACCUGGAUAUACGCCAGAGAUGGUCCCACAUUAUGAUCCUUGGUCAUCAUUUCCACAGGUGCCAGUUAGUGAUCUACAUAUGGGAGGCGGAGAUGAGGACAUAGACUUGGAUAUUAUUUUCGAUGACUACUUUCUUCGUCCUACAGCCAGGCCUACGGCACCAUCUGCAUCUCCGGCUCCGCGGGCCGCUCAGGAGCCCUCUCACAUGCCAUCUCAGGAGCCCAUCGACACACAGGUUCAUUCUUCUGUGCCUGUGGACCCGUCUCCUCUUGUUCAGAUUGACCCGUCUCCACCUCCAGCUACAGCUCCGGGUAGCGCUCAGGAGACCGUUGAGGAGCCAGCUAAGGAGCCCUCUGACCAGCCAUCUCAGGAGGCCGUCGACACACAGGUUCAUUCUUCUGCUCCUGUGGUCCAGUCUCCUCCGAUUGAGUUAUCUCCUGAGGCAUCUACUGAGGCUACUCAGGUGGAGACCGCCGCUGUCUCCCACAAGAAGCAUAUUUUCACCCAGGGCCUGAAGAAGGGAAGAAAGGAUGAUCAUGCCAUAAAUCAUCCUGUCAUUAAGAGGAGGAGAGAGGAUCCUGAUGAUAGUGAGGGUGGUGGGGUUAGGAGGAUCCUUAGGCCUUAGGAGAUUGUAUAUUUGUAAAUAAAAUAUACAUUUUAUGUUAAUAUUAUAUAUAUUUUUGGGUAUUAUUUUUUUAAUGAUAAUUAGUUAUUUUAGUAUUUAUUGUCGAU